AGACUUUGAAAUUCUUGCCAACCAAGCACUUUCACUUCUCCUAGAUAUGUGGAGGAUUUUUAUGUAAAACCAGUUUCUACAUCUCAAGGAGUUACAUUCCCAUACAUUCUGUUCUCUUUGGAUAUUAUAAGCACAGAUUUCAUAUAUCAAAGUUACAUAAAAUGGAUCUUUAGCAGAUAGAGUAGAAGAUAGAAAAUAGAAUAUUUCCCACGUUGAGUGCACCAGUCACCAGACAGCUCUGACUGUCUGUCUGAAGGGGUUUUAUAGCUGGCUGCAGCCAUGUUUAUAUAUAUAUAUAUAUAUAUGUCACAAUUUCCCUGACACAUUCAUUAAUUCCUAUAGCUAUGUUUGCAUCUGUCUAAAAUGUGCAAGGAUUCGGUUCCUGAAAUUAAGACUUCUUCUUUCUGAUCCUCCGUCAUCUGGACAAGUGUGAAAGAAAAAAGGGAUGUUUCACCAUUGUGUUUAUGAGUGUGUACUAUCUUGACUGUUGGAGGGUUGCAGGUGUUUUGCUGCCUCCUUGUUUGCUACAACUAUGGAUCAGGUUCCAUCAACCACAGAAGAUUACUGGGACUAUGGAUAUGAAACUUACAGCUUGUCCCCUGGCAUGAGAGAGAGUCAUGCAGCCCCAUGCUUACAGGAGGAGACAUAUGGUUUUGCACAGAGGUACUCGCCUGUUGUAUACAGUUUAGUGUUUGUCCUGGCUCUUUUGGGCAACAUGCUGGUGCUGUGUGUGAUCCGACGCUAUCGAAAAUCUCAGAGUGGCGGAGCCUGUGCUUUCUCUCUGACGGACACCUUCCUCCUUCACCUGGCCAUUUCUGACCUCCUGCUGGCCUUCACCCUACCCCUGUUUGCAGUGCAGUGGGCUCACCACUGGAUGUUCGGCUUGGCUGUUUGCAAGAUCUCCGGUGCCCUCUUCUCCCUGAACCGCUACAGUGGCAUCCUUUUUCUGGCCUGCAUCAGCUUUGACCGUUACCUGGCCAUAGUUCAUGCUGUAAGCUCUGGCUGGAAGCGCAAUACCUGCCAUGCCCAGAUUGCGUGUGCCUUCAUCUGGGUGGGCUGCCUGGGCCUGAGUGGAGUGGACAUUGCCUUCAAAGAGGUAGUGGAGGUGAACACAGUGGGCCAUCAGAAGGCCUUCCUGUGCCAGGUGUGGUUCACUGGGAACACCACCCAGUGGCAGGUGGGGCUGCAGCUGGUCAGUGUGGUUCUAGGGUUUGGGCUCCCCUUGUUGAUUAUGCUCUACUGCUACAUCCGCAUCUUCAGGUCUCUCUGUAACGCCACUCGCCGCCAAAAGCGCAAGUCUCUCCGCCUCAUCGUGUCUUUAGUGUCUGUGUUCGUCAUCUGCUGGGCACCGUACAACUGCUUCCAGCUGGCAGAUAGUCUGCACAAGCUGGGCGUGGUGACUGGAGGUUGCCAGUUUGGCCGAGUGGUGGACAUUGGGACACUCAUCACUGAAAGUGUGGGGCUGUCGCACUGCGCUCUGAACCCUCUGCUGUAUGGCUUUGUGGGGGUGAAGUUCAGGAGGGAGCUGGUCAAAAUGUGUAAGGGGCUGCUGGGACGAAGAGGCUUGCUGGGGAUGGAGGAAUGGAGGGAGAGGAGAAUCAGAAGACCCACCGGAUCUUUCAGCUCCGCAGAAAGUGAACAAACCUCAUACUCUGUUAUGGUGUGAAACUAAUUCGAGGGAAUGGACAAGAAGGGAGUGUGUGUGUGUGCGUGUGUGUGUGUGUGUGUGUGUGUGUGUGUACGUGUGUGUGCGCACGUGUGUGCGCAUGCGUGGGUGCGUGCAUGCAUGUGUGUGUGUAUGUGUGAGAAGUUUUUGGAGGUAAGAUUGUGCGUGUGUCUGAAGUUUUUGGAGGUAAAAGAACUUGAAAGAAUCAAGAGUAAGAAAGUACUAAAUGAAAAAUAUACUUUAAGCUUAAUUAAGGCUUCAAAACAUGUUCACAGAGCAAAAGGUAACAUAGGCCACUUCUUCCAUUGGUGCUUUAAUAUCUAGCUGUUAGUAUGGUGCAGCUUACAACACGUUGUUUGGUCUUUUUUCUGUUUUUCAAGAAAACUGCAAUGAAAUCAUUAAGUGAAUGUGUCGCAUAGAGUAAAUCCGAACUCCAUAUCCCACGUGCUGAUGCUGUCAUGUAAUUGUUGGUGAGAACUGUUGAUUUUUGUGUCCAUAGGUCAAAUCUUGUGAAACAUCUAGAUUGCUUCAUACUCUUGAAAAGCUUGUUCAGCAGUUUUAGUUUCAGACUCACAUCUCCCAUCCCUACAGACAUUUUUCUCAUCAGAUUCCAUGCUCAUUUUGCAGGAAAACAAGUUUUAGCUUUUAAAACAGUGAAAAUGUUUGUAAUUAUAUCUGAAAGUUGUUCAUGUUGAAAUUGUCAUUUCUCUUUUAUUUUUUAAUGGUCCAUAUACAGCAGUUCCCUCAGCUGUGCUUCAAAAUUCUGUGAAAGAGGAACUUAAGAGAGUACUAGUUAUUUCACAUUUUGUAUAGUGCUCAAAUUACAUACAAAGUUUUUUAUAAUAAAUAUUUUUGAAUA